AUGCGCCGCGAGACAGAGCUGACGAGGGAGAAGACCCAUGAUGAUGAACACCAAGCAGUGGUCCCGGGCGUCGAGCACGACGCCGAGUCCACGCAGUCGGACACGGAUAGCGAGGACCGGCGGUCAUCGACACAGGACGAUGUCAUCCUCGUGAACUUUCAGCCAGGCGAGCCUGCCGACCCGCACAACUGGUCCUUGGCCAAGAAAUAUUACGUCCCACUCGUCGGGACUCUGCUCUCGAUCAACUCCACAAUGGGCUCAUCCACUCCGUCGAACGAGCUCCCCGCGCUGCAGAAGGCCUUCCACUUCCCCGACGGGCCGCAGACCGUGCUCCCGGCUACAACAUUCCUCAUCGGAUUUGUCCUGGGCCCGCUUGUCUUUGCACCGCUGAGUGAACAGUACGGCCGCAGGCCUGUCCUCGUCUCCACGCUAUGCCUUUACACGAUCUUCACCAUGGGGACAGCCCUGUCUCCCAACUGGGCCGCAUUCCUGAUCUUCAGGUUCCUAAGCGGCACGUUUGCCUCGCCGCCGAUGAGCGUGACCGGAGGAUCCAUCGCCGAUGUCUUCGAGGACAAGGUCGUCAGGGGUAGGGCCAACAUGCUCUGGUCCUUUGCUACUCUGCUGGGACCCCUUGCCGGCCCCGUGAUUGCUGGAUAUACGUACCAGUACUCAUGGCGGUGGGCAUUCUGGGCAUCCAUGAUGUUCUCCGGCAUAUGCCUCAUCGCCCUCGUCUUCCAGCCCGAAACGCUCGCCACCAAGAUCCUGCGCGACCGGGCCGCCAAGCUGAACAAGGAGAAGGGCGGCGGGAGGUACAUCGCGCCCGCGGACGUGGACAAGCCCGGCCUGCUCGUCACGCUCAAGAUCACCACCACGCGGCCGCUGUACCUGCUCUGCACCGAGAUGCUCGUCGCGCUGACGUGCGUCUACAUGGCCUUCGUCUACGCCGUCUUCUACAUGCUGCUCAAGAUAUUCCCAACCAUCUUCCACGGCAUCUACGGCUUCACGCCGGGGGAGUCCGGCCUCGCCUUCGUCAUGAUGUUCGCGGGGUCGUUAAUCUCCAACGUCCUCGGCUACUUCUACGACAUCUACGCCCAGGGCCUCGUCCGGAGGCACCCCAACAAGCACGCCGAGUACCUGCGCCUGCCGCUGGCGUGCGCCGGCGGCCCGGCGUUUGUCGUGUCCCUGUUCUGGCUCGGGUGGACGUCGCGGCUGUCGAUCCACUGGAUCGUGCCGCUGUUGUCUAUGAUACCCUAUGGGUUUGGAUACCAGUGUAUUUUCAUGGCCAUGAUCAACUACACGGCCGACGCGUACGGCAUCUUUGCUUCGUCGGCCCUAGCCGCCCUGGCCGCGUGCCGGAGUAUUGCGGGAGCCAUCAUCCCCUUGGCUGUGGACAGCAUGGUCAACACGCUUGGGAUCGCGUGGUCGUGCAGCGUGCUGGCUCUGAUCAGCUGCGCGCUGAGUCUGGUCCCGUUCGGCUUUAUCAUCUGGGGGGAGAAGAUCCGGGCAGCGAGUAAUUUCAGCAAGAAGCUCCAGAAUGCACCACAUCCUGAGCUGGAGCUGACGAGGAGCGUGUCUAUUGUUUGA